AUGCUUAAGAUGGAACCUGAAUUCAUUCCAUCCCGCGCGAAUUUGUUGGAAUAUAUUCAACAGCCGUUCAUCGAACCGAUUAGAAUUCAUCCAACAAAUUAUAAUCGUUACUUUGAGUCAAAGCUUGAUUCAAGCUUUUUGGAUAAAUUUUUCGUAAGCUCGCUCAAUGCUUCCUCGCGAUUUUGGUCAGAAUGUCUCAUACAAAUUCCUUGUCCACCCGAAUUUGGUUCCACCGAAGACUCAUUUCAUGCGUUCUGGGACGCACUUAUUUUCAAGCCUAUCAAAACUGCAUGUCCAACAGGAAUCUUCAAACGAAACUCGAAUCGCCAUACUUCUACAAAAAGAUUUCGACCUGAUUUUUCAUACCUGAUACAUCAUGCUUGUCUUACCAGAGGGGAAGAAAAGGGACCCAACAGUGAUGACAAUCCGGCAGUUGAGUUGGUCUCAAAAUUAACGUGGACCUAUGGAGAUUGUCCCUACAUUUUCGGGUAUUAUGCGCAUGGCACCAUGGUUACAUAUUGUUAUUUAUACUUCGAAGAAAAUCAAGUCAAACGGAAGGACUUAGCUACUUGUUUACUGGAAACACUAGAUGGACGUAUACAGGCUUUCAAUAUCGGAAUAAACAUCGGUCGAUUGUUAAUUCCUCUUCGUCAAACCCUUCCAGAUGCUUUCGUGCACGAGUUUAUCAUCCUCCACAGAUCAAGCGGCAAAACAAUCGAGCUGUUGCAAACUUCAGUUAUAAAACGUUAUUAUUCGGCGGGGUCUGUUGAGAAACUCAAGACCCUUUACCGUGAAAUGGAAAACUCUAAUGUUCCUUUCAUAGAUCACUUGGAUGAUACCAACACAACAGAAACUGAAACUCCAUUUGCCAUCUUUUCACCAAAGGGUGUAAGACAUAAGCCAACUUCUAAGGAACAACUAGUCAAAGCAUUACAUUGUGUUUUGACCGCCCUCAAGUCACUUCAUGAAAUAGGCAUUAUGCAUCGCGAUCUCCGCUGGGACAAUGUGUUGAAAUUUAUUGAUCAAGACAAAUGGUUCAUUAUUGAUUUUGAUGAUGCAUGUCACACUCCUUCAAGUACUCCUAACACACUAUUGGCUCGUGAUAAUCAUGCUCCUGAUAUUUUCCAACCCUAUCAUAAUGAAAGUGUUGAUAUCUGGUCUGUUGGAUAUCUAAUUAGAACAGUCUUGGUAGAAGUUCAAGAACUAAGUAAUUAUGCAUCAACAACACUGAUGGCAAAAAACCAUUUUGAUAGACCAACAGCUAAAGAAAUAUUACGAUGGCUUUGGGAUAAUUAUAGAGGUAUUCUUGAGAAGGAGUUUUUAGAGGUACAAUAA